GGAAGAAAAGAAAAGAGAGGAUAGAAGAAAAGGAAAAAAGGGAAAAAAGAAGAAGAAGGAAGAGAGAGAGGGCCUUGCGCGAUGAUGCCAUGGACGCCUCACUAAGCCGAUUCGACUUCGUAUCACAAUGCUUGGUUUUUUGGUUAGUAGCCAUUAGAGCGAGAGCAUUAUCAACGGGGAUCUUUUGGAGUUUGUUCUUUGAUUGUGGUUUCAGAUUGCGUCCUUCAGGUGGAAGGACGGCCGUGUCAUCCCUCGUCCUGGUAGGUUUCGGGGUGUGACACUUUGCAUUAGUUUAUUGGUUUCAUGAAGAGGUGCUUGACAAUUCAAUAGCAGUGGUGUGCAUCAAAUCUGAUUCAUCUACUUCUUUUCUAGCAACAGGCUGCGGAGGAUGAAUCGGGAGAAGAUGAUCCCGGCGAUACUGAAAUUGACAUUUGAGAUGGCCUUCGUUAUUCUUGUGCUUCUCUUCACAGCGAAUUGGUUAGCCAGUGCAGAAGAAUCACCUCUUCAAAGUCUGGCUUGGCCUGGCUGUUCGGACACAUGUGGCAAUCUGACAAACAUUCCGUAUCCUUUUGGAAUUGGACCCGGCUGCUUCUUGGAUCCCAGGUACGAGAUCGAUUGCCAGCAAACCCGUAGUCCGGUACUUAAGAAUUUGAGCGUGGCGGUGUUAGAUAUUUCGUUACCGAGUAGUUCAGAAUCCCCAGGCCUCAUUAAGGUCAGCCAGCCAAUAUCGUACUCGCAUCUCAAUUGCACGACCAAACUACAAAACGACGCCCCGGUGGACUUAAGGGCCAGUAAUAGCGUUUUCAAGUACUCCCAGAGUCAAAACUAUCUUGUUGCCGGAGGUUGUGACAGCUUGGCCUUGAUGGCUGGCGCCAAUACCCCAUGGGCAGUUGUAGGAUGCAAGUCAUCAUGCGGCAGAAAUGAGACUCUCGGAUUUGACCAGUGCUCUAGUGGUAUCGGUUGCUGUAUGACUUCGAUCCCCGAUGAAAUCAGCGAAUACAGCAUGGAAUUCAAAACUCUUGAUGGCCAAGCCAUAGGGCCAGGGGAUGCAGAAUGCAGGUAUGCCUUUUUGGUAGAGAGAACUUGGUGGUAUAAAGCCAAUUUGAACAAUUUACCGCUAGACGUUCCAGUGGUCCUCGAAUGGGCAAUCACUAACUAUGAGGAUGAGCUGCUGAGCAACCAAGAAAAUAAGCACGGCAAUGACAACUCCGCCUCCUGCCGUACGUACUCGACGCCCGGGGUUCCUAGCCUAACAUAUUGUUCAUGCAACCAAGGCUACAGAGGGAAUUAUUUUCUUCCCCAGGGAUGCCAAGACAUCGAUGAGUGCAAAGAAAAACCUGACCUCAACUGCCGAGGGAGGUGUGUGAAUCGACCAGGGUCAUACAACUGCGUCGACAACAAGAUCAUGGCCAUGAUAGGUAUGGGCACGGGUGUUGGAGACAUACUAUUAUUUUUUCUUUUUUUGUGGUUGUACAAAUUCAUCAAAAGAAGGCGCGAGGCAAAGCUCAGGCAAAAAUUCUUCAAACGUAAUGGAGGACUUGUGUUGCAACAACGCCUCUCUUCUAUCGAAGACAAUCACACGGAGAAAGGCAAGCUAUUCACCUCAACGGAGUUAGACGCAGCCACAGACCAUUUUAACGAGAACCGAAUACUGGGUAAGGGUGGUCAAGGAACUGUUUACAAGGGAAUGUUGAUAGACGGAACGAUCAUUGCGGUCAAGAAAUCCAGAGUUGUCGAUGCAAGACAAGUCCAACAGUUUGUCAAUGAGGUCGUAAUUCUCUCUGAAAUCAAUCACAGAAAUGUUGUUAAGUUAUUAGGAUUUUGUCUAGAAAACGAAGCCCCUCUACUGGUAUAUGAAUUUGUCCCUAAUGGAACUCUCUACCAAUGUCUUCAUGAUCCAAACCAAGAAUUUCCCAUCUCGUGGGAGAUGCGGUUACGAAUUGCCAAUGAAGUUGCCGGGGCUCUUUCAUAUUUGCACUUUGCUGCUGCCAUACCGGUUUAUCAUCGUGAUAUCAAGUCAUCGAAUAUACUUUUGGACGAAAAAUAUGGAGCCAAAGUCGCAGAUUUUGGAGCUUCCAGAUCAAUUACCAUCAACCAAACUCACUUGACCACAAUGGUGAGAGGAACCUUUGGAUACUUGGACCCGGAGUACUACCAAACAAGUCAAUUUUCAGACAAGAGUGAUGUCUAUAGCUUUGGGGUUGUCCUUGUUGAGUUACUAACCGGAGAAAAGCCAAUUUCUCAAGGGAGGGCGGAAGAGGGUAGAAAUCUAGCCAUGUACUUCGUCAUUUCGAUGGAGGAGAACCGCUUAUUCGAUGUUCUUGAUAAAGAAGUAUUAGACCACAGCGAGAAAGGAGAAAUCAUUGCAGUGUCCAACUUGGCGAAAAGAUGUUUAAACCUUCACGGAAGGUACCGGCCUACGAUGAAGGAAGUGGCGAUGGAAUUGGAGCGAGUGCGAUCACUACAGAAUCCCGUGGUCGUUCAGCAGAAAGACAAAGAGAUCGAUCGCAUUAGAAAUGGAUCUAUCCGUGCUUCGGGUGCGGUCUCCACAUUGAUGCUAUCGAAAGGAGAUGUAGAGCUGACUUGGUGGGAGGAGGAUCAAUCCCUCUUAUAUGAUUUGCCGAGAUAAAGAUGCGUUUCGUUGUUUGUGUCCAAUUUUGUUAUGGAGUGAUGUUGAUUAUACUAGGAGGUGCACAGAAAUGACAUACUAAAUGCAUGCACCAUUUUGAUAUACUCUUUGUAUAUAUGAUGUUGUUGAAGACUAUAUUAUCUCUUUUUGAUUUCUUGUUA